AUGGGAACUCUACAUGAGAGUUGUUUACUUCAUCCGGCCCAGGUUGUACGCAAGGAGUUUAUGGCCCCAAUAAGCACGGCUGGGCUGUGGGGGAUUGAGGUGCAGUCGGGUAAGCAUGUGCCAGCACGGGGCUUAGGCGAUCGUUUGGCUUAUGGUGCAGUGAAAGGUCUGCGGGCAAUUGCUGACGUAGUGUUUUAUCAUCGGUAUGUUCAUCGGGCCAUUGUUUUGGAGACAGUUGCAGCUAUUCCGGGUAUGGUGGGGGGAAUGGUUCGUCAUUUUCGUUCAUUGCGGAACAUGAAAGAAGAUGCGCAUAUUCGGACAUUGUUAGCUGAGGCUGAAAAUGAAAGAAUGCAUUUACUGACUUGGAUGGAAGUAUCCCGGCCUUGGUUGAUAGAACGGGUCAUGGUCAUGGCUUUACAAGGCAUCUUUUUCAAUGCGUAUUUAGGACUGUAUUUGCUAUCUCCUAAGACAGCCCAUCGUUUUGUUGGUUACUUAGAAGAAGAGGCGAUUAUUUCCUAUUCAGAGAUGGUAGAUGAGAUUGAGAAAGGGAUUAUUCCUAACACAAAAGCGCCUAGUAUAGCCAAGCGGUACUGGAACUUACCGGACUCGGCCAAUCUUUUAGAUGUUACCUUGGCCAUUCGUGCCGAUGAAGCAGCACACCGGGAUGUUAAUCAUGAACUAGCCGAUAGUUUAGCAGAGGAUACGGGAUUGGAAUAG